AUGCGCAUCGCCAUCUCGGCCAAGACCCGAACAAGACCUGACCGGCCUGCAUCAAUCGACAACUGCCGCUGCAGUCGCAAUCAGUCCAUCGCGACACCACUGUGCUAUGCUGCCCGUCAGCAAUUCAAGCCGCCCGACCGACAGACUCACCCACUCACAUACUCACAUACGCAGACGAGAUCGGUGGAUGGGUUCUCAGACAACCGCAUGAGCGUCUCCCAUCCGUCUGUUGUUUCGAUGCUCCAAUGCACGGAACUACCCUGCUCUCACGCCGCAGACAGGACAUGCGCCGUGCAGCCUCGCACUGCCAUCCCGGUCUCUUCUGACUCUGCUGUCGAGUCUCUUCAGGGUCUCUUGCGCCCACACACCGCUAUCAAGGACGACGCUCACCCUGCAAGUGUCGCUGUCAGUCUGUCCGGGCACACGGCUACCGACCGCCCGUUGAAGGGCAUAGGUACCGUCAUGUCUAGCUCCAUGGCCACAAAACCUAAUUCCCUGCGAACUAAGUCCUGGCUGGAUAUCCAAUCCACAGCCGCGGAUCAAGUCCCGGUAAGCCACCCUCCAUGGGCUGACCAAAACACGUCAAAGACGUUGAAACACCAUCUUCAUGCACCUGGUAGGCUGUCCCACAAGGUCUAG